AUGGAGGUGGCUUCUCCCUCGAUCCCUGGCGCGAACGGCGUCGCCUCGCCCACGUCCGACCCCUCGAUCGAUCCCGUCCGCGUCGUCGACCACAUAGCUCUCGCAUGCCAGAUAGCUCUCGGCGCAAACCAGGAGGACCUCGAGAGUCCCGGCAGCUUGCUUCACAAGCAUCGCUACUCCGACACCCUCCAGCGCUGCGCCCGCUUCGCAACCGAUACCCCCAACACCUUGUACAUUCAGAAGGAUAUCCUGCCGGCCUCUGCGAUACAGAAUGGAGAGGACUCAAGUUCGUCGCCCGCUGCCACGAGCUCAUCCGUCGUGGCCAAUGUUGCUAACCGAGUUCACGCAGAGCCUCCGUCCUACACGUACUCUCUGACCACCGAGAUCUCCUCGUCCCCGACAACCGCGUCUGUCCUCGUCCUGCUCAAGCAACGGCCUGGCCCCAUCGAUCCCGUGCUCCCUCUUACCUCCCAGAUUCUCCUCACUAAUCUCCCAGGUCCUGCUACUCUGAACGCCACCGCCGGCGAGCAGGGUCCUUCGACCUCGCCUUUCGAGAUUCUCCACUCUUACGUUCACAAUGCGCUGGCGCCGUAUUUCGAUGCCAACACCCGGAGCCAAAUCACCAAUGGCACCAGGGGAAGGGCUGACGUCGACUCCAAGACUGGAAUUCCCGUCACGAAGAAGAGGUGGAACGAUCUCGAGCUGAGCUUGUUGCAUCUGCAGCAGAAUGUCGAGAUCCCUGAGGUCUCCCUCAUGUUCCACACGAUGGUGCAGAACGCGCUGGAGGAGGCCGAAUCUCGACACUCUAAGCCAACCCUCGAUCUCAUCCCGGGCGCCGUCCUCUCCGACAGCACCUUUCUCAACAGUCUCCAGAACAACGUGAACAGCUGGAUCAAGUCGAUCCAGGUCAUUACGAGAAUGACCAGGGACCCCGCCGACAGCGCCAAGGAUUUCAAGUUCACUGCUAGCCAAGAGGUCAACUUUUGGUUGUCGAUGGAGUCCGCUCUGGAGGGAAUCGAAGGACAGCUUCGCAGCGAGGGAGUUCUUCUGACGUUGGAGAUUCUCAAGCACGCGAAGCGUUUCCAGGCGACUGUCAGUUUCACGGCCGACACGGGUCUGAAGGAAGCUAUGGAAAAGGUCCAGAAGUACAACCAGCUCAUGAGAGAUUUCCCGCUUGAUGAGCUGCUUUCUGCCACAUCCAUGUCCAAGGUGAAGGACGCUAUCGUGCAAAUCUUUGGCCACCUGAACAGGAAGCUGAGAAUCUGCCCUUACCCCAUUCGUAGGGCAUUGCCUUUGGUGGAGGCCAUCUCUGGCGAUUUGGACGAGGUUCUCCAUCGAUUGCUACCGGGGACCGAGCUCGUCAACCUUGAUUACUCCGAGUUCAAGGGUAUCAUGAAGUCUUGCGACGACAUCUUUACUACCUGGGAUGAGAGCAUCAAAGAGUUUACCAACGUCGCCCGUGAAGUUACGCGUCGCAGAAACGAGAAGUUCAUCCCCAUUAAGGUCAACCCCAAGCAUGGCGAGCUUCAAGGACGUCUCAAGUACGUCAGCACUUUCCGUGACAACCAUGAGCAACUGCAGCGCACCAUUGUCAAUGUGCUCGGCCCCAAGGCCACCGUGAGCGGCCUGACCGAAACGACCGGCACUAAUGGCGUCGUUGUCGUGGAGGAGAUGGGCGACGUGGAUGCCGUCGAGGAAGUGAAACAGGCGUGGGAAGCGUUGAAGAACGUCGACCUUCUGGACGUCUCCGCCGAGGGUACGGAGAGAUGGGCCAAGGCCGAGAACAUGUACAAUGAACGGACUUCUCGCGUCGAGAACUCCAUCAUUGCGCGUCUCCGAGACCGUCUGGCGACUGCGAAAAACGCCAACGAAAUGUUUCGCGUCUUCUCCAAGUUCAACGCUCUUUUCGUGCGACCCAAGAUUCGUGGUGCCAUUGCUGAGUACCAGAACCAGCUCAUGGAGCACGUCAAGCAAGCCAUUCAUGGUCUUCACGAGCGCUUCAAGCAGCAGUAUGGCCACUCCGAAGCCCACGCCAUGGCUCAAUUGCGUGAUCUGCCACCUGUUUCUGGAGCUAUCAUUUGGGCUCGACAGAUCGAGCACCAGCUGGACAACUACAUGAAGAAGGUCGAAGACGUUCUUGGUGUUGAAUGGGCCAUCCACGCCGAAGGUCAGAAGCUUCAGAGCGAGAGCAACUUGUUCCGCAAGAAGCUCGACACUCAGACCAUUUACAAGGCAUGGCUUGACGACGUCCAGCGCCGGCAAAUCUCCAUCUCCGGCUUUCUCUUCGACAUUCGCCGCAUGAGAGCGAACGGUGGCAACUAUGAGCUUCUUGUCAACUUCGAUCCCCAGGUCAUCACUCUGUUCAAGGAGACGCGAAACCUAAUGUGGCAGAACUAUGCUGUGCCUCACUCCAUCAACAAUGUGUCCAAAGAUGCCAAGCGCGUAUACCCCUUCGCCGUCAGCCUUAUGGAGAGUGUUCGCACCUUCUCGCAAACUAUGCGUCAGAUUUCCGAGAUGGGCGAGGAAGCGGUUCUCGUCUUUGGAUACAGGAACGACGUCUACGCCCUGGUGGCCCGGGGUGUUCCCCUCAGAUGGGAGUCCUUCGUCAACUCGCAUGAGAUUUUCUUCUCUACCAAGAAUAAUGCCAAUCUGCCGUCUGUCUCUGAGUUCGGUUUGUCAAAGCCAUCAGAAAGCAAGCACAGUCUGUUCAUCCGCGAGUUUGCUGCGGCCGUGUCUUUGCUCCAGGCUAAGACUGCCUCUCUGGCCUCGAUUCACGCCACCGUGGAGAAGGCUCUUCUUGAACUCAACACCUGCCCCUACGAAGCGGACGCCUUUACCUCGCGCCUGGAGACCAUUCAGACAGCUGUUGACCAGCUGAACCUGGAGCAAUAUGUCAACCUCCCCUACUGGGUUGAGAACAUGAACCAGAAGCUCAAGGAUGUGCUCCUGGCUCGUCUUCAAGACGCCAUUCUUACCUGGAUCCAAGCCUUCGAGGACGAGUAUCUUGACGACGGCCGCCGGAAGCAGGUCAUGGACAAUGGCGAGGCGCCACCUCCCCAAGGUCCAACGAUCAAGCGCCUGGUUCAUGAGUUGUCCAUGCGGAACCAGGUGAUCUACUUGGAUCCUCCGCUGGAGUAUGCCCGCUCGAGCUGGUUCGUACAGUUGCACGAAUGGCUGGGAAUUGUUUGCAACCUGAAGAAGAUCAAGGCUACGCGUUACCAGAUGACCCUUACCACUACAACACUGGACGAGCCUCGUUUCGAUGACCUGCCUGGCGAGUGCACCGAUUUGCUCAGCCGCGUCUACGUUUCUGUGGAGAAGAAGAUUCAAGAAAUCAGCACAUAUGUCGACAAGUGGCUUCAGUUCCAGUCCCUAUGGGAUCUUCAAUCUGAGCAGGUGUACGAGGCCCUUGGCGACCAGCUCGCUCGAUGGCUGCAACUCCUUCAGGAAAUUCGCAAGACCCGCCAGACUUUCGACACCCAAGAGGUCAGCAGGCAGUUUGGCCACACGACGAUUGACUACGACCAGGUGCAAACCAAGGUCAACGCCAAGUACGAUCAGUGGCAGCACGAGAUCUUGAUGAAGUUCGCCAGCAGGCUCGGCAAUCGCAUGCGUGAGGUCCACGCUGAUAUCGAGAAGGCCCGCCGCGACCUCGAGGGCCAGGGUCUUGAUGCCUCAUCCACGGCUACAGCCGUCCAAUUCAUCACUGUCGUGCAGGCCUGCAGGCGCAAUGUUAAGCUCUGGGCACCCGAGAUUGAUAUGUUCAGGCAAGGACAGUCGACACUUGUGCGACAACGCUACCAGUUCCCCAAUGACUGGCUCCACAUCGAGCAGAUUGAUAGUUCUUGGGAAUCCUUGACUGAGAUCUUGGACAAGAAGUCCAAGAUUGUCCAGGACCAGACCGAUGCCCUCAGAUCCAAGAUCAUUGCGGAGGACAAGAUUGUGAACGACAGGAUUGCCGAGAUCGCCGUGCAAUGGAACGACGAGAAGCCAGUGUCUGGAACCAUCCAGCCUGACAUUGCGUCUGCCACCCUCACCACUUUCGAGAGCAAGAUCUCCAAGUUGCAGACCGACUUCGAGAUGGUUGCUAAGGCUAAGGAGGCUCUCGACAUCCCUGCCAGCGCCGAUACCUCUUUAGGUACCAUCCUGGAGGAGGUCCAGGAUUUCCAGUCCGUCUGGUCUAACCUGUCCACUAUUUGGGCCAGUCUGAAUGAGACGAGAGAGAUCUUAUGGACGGCUGUCCAGCCCAGAAAGAUUCGCUCCAAGAUCGACGACCUCAUUAAGAGCACCAAGGAGAUGCCCAGUCGCAUGCGUCAGUACGCUGCCUUCGAACACGUUCAGACCAUCCUUCGCGGCCUCCUCAAGGUCAACUCUCUGCUUUCAGAUCUCAAGUCUGAAGCUAUCCGGGACCGCCAUUGGACGAAGAUUUACAAGCAAAUCAAGCCUGGCAAGCGAUACUCGCCCGUUUCUAUGACCCUCGGUGAUGUCUGGGACCUCAACCUGGUCGCCACAGAGGUUAUUGUCAGGGACAUCAUUACCCAGGCUCAGGGUGAAAUGGCGUUGGAGGAGUUCCUGAAGCAAGUUCGCGAGACAUGGUCCAACUAUGGACUGGAGCUUGUCAACUACCAGAACAAGUGCCGUCUCAUCCGUGGCUGGGAUGAUCUGUUCGCAAAGUGCAGUGAGAACUUGAACUCGCUCCAGGCUAUGAAGCACUCUCCCUACUACAAGGAAUUCGAGGAGGAGGCAAGCUCCUGGGAAGACAAGCUCAACAGAGUCCACGUCCUCUUUGACGUUUGGAUUGACGUUCAAAGACAGUGGGUGUACCUGGAGGGAGUCUUCACUGGCAACGCCGAUAUCAAGCACCUGUUGCCUGUGGAGUCUUCCAGAUUCCAGAACAUCAACAGCGAAUUCUCUGCCGUUAUGAAGAAGGUCUACAAGCAGCCGUACGUCCUCGACGUCCUUCAAAUCCCCAACGUCCAGAAGUCUCUUGAGAGACUUGCAGAGUUGCUCAACAAGAUCCAGAAGGCUCUUGGUGAGUAUCUCGAGAAGGAGCGUGUCUCCUUCCCCAGAUUCUACUUCGUUGGUGACGAGGACCUCUUGGAAAUGAUUGGUAACAGCAAUGACACUCUCCGUAUUGCUAAGCAUUUCAAGAAGAUGUUCGCUGGUCUCUCGGGACUGAUCAUGGACGACGAGACUAUCAUCUCUGGCUUCACGUCCAAGGAGGGCGAGGCGGUGCGGCUCAAGAAGGAGAUCUCUCUGGCCAAAACGCCCAAGAUCAACGACUGGCUGGCUCUCCUGGAAAGCGGUAUGAAGAACACUCUCGCAGAGCUCCUGGCGGAAGCUGUCGAGCACUACACUCCUAUUUUCGAAUCUGAGAAGAUCGAGAUGUCUGCGAUGAACGAAUUCAUGGAGGCUUUCCCCAGUCAAAUCGUUGUUUUGGCCACCCAAGCCGUCUGGACCACCGUUGUGGAGAAAUCACUCGCAGACGGCGGCAAAACGCUGCAGUCACUCUAUGAGCGUGAAGUACAAGUGCUUCGUCUGCUGGCCGACACAGUCCUCGGCGAUCUUGACGUCAUCCAGCGCAAGAAGUGUGAGCAGCUUAUCACUGAGUGCGUUCACCAGCGUGACGCCAUUGAGAAGCUCAUCAACCUCAACGCAACGGCGCCGACUCAUUACUUCUGGCUGCUCCAGAUGCGUUACCACUACUCUCCUGAUGGUGACUUCCAGCAGCGUCUGCAGAUCAAGAUGGCCAACGCCAAGCUCAGCUACGGUUUCGAAUAUCUUGGAGUUCCCGAUCGCCUGGUCAGAACACCCCUCACCGACCGCUGCUUCCUCACCCUCACCCAAGCUCUCUGCCAACGUCUCGGUGGAUCUCCCUACGGACCUGCCGGUACCGGUAAAACGGAAUCAGUCAAGGCUCUCGGUCUUCAACUGGGUCGCUUCACAUUGGUCUUCUGCUGUGACGACACCUUUGAUUUCCAGGCCAUGGGUCGUAUUUUCCUCGGUAUUUGCCAAGUCGGUGCCUGGGGUUGUUUCGACGAGUUUAACCGUCUUGAGGAGAGAAUCUUGUCCGCUGUUUCGCAGCAGAUCCAGAACAUUCAGCUUGGUCUGAAGCAGGGCGCCGAAGACGACAAGGCUCAGAUCGAGCUGGUCGGACGUCAGCUCCACGUCAACGCCAACACUGGUAUCUUCAUCACCAUGAACCCUGGCUACGCCGGUCGUUCCAACCUCCCCGACAACUUGAAGAAGCUCUUCCGCAGCGUCGCCAUGUCCAAGCCCGACAAAGAACUCAUUUCCGAAGUCAUGCUGUACUCUCAGGGUUUCAACCAGGCUAAGCAGCUGUCCAAGCAGACUGUGCCGUUCUUCGACCAGUGCUCUGCUAGACUGUCGAAGCAGGCUCAUUACGAUUUCGGUCUCCGUGCCUUGAAGAGUGUUCUCGUUAGCUCUGGUGGCUUGAAGCGUGCGCGACUGGCAGCUAGUGACGGCAGCAUCGGCGCUGAAGAGGUUGUUGAACCAGAGAUCAUCGUACAGAGUAUUCGGGAAACCAUUGCUCCAAAGUUGAUCAAGAGUGAUGUCGAGAUCCUCACCGAGGUUGAGGAGACUUGUUUCCCUGGCGUCAAGUAUGUUCCCGCCAACUUGGAGAAACUGGAGGAGGCCAUCCGAACUCUCGCUGCCGAGAGACAGCUGGUUGUCAACGAUACCUGGAUGACCAAGGUCCUUCAACUCUACCAGAUCCAGAAGAUCCACCACGGUGUAAUGAUGGUGGGCAACUCUGGUACGGGUAAAUCUGCUGCCUGGACUCUUCUGCUCGACGCGCUCCAGAAGGUCGAGGGUGUUGAGGGCGUGCAGCAUGUCAUUGAUUCCAAGGUCAUGUCCAAGGAGGCUCUGUACGGUAACCUCGACUCUACCACGCGCGAGUGGACAGACGGUCUCUUCACCAGUAUCCUCCGAAAGAUCGUCGACAACCUCAGAGGCGAGGACUCCAAGCGUCACUGGAUUGUCUUUGACGGUGACGUCGACCCCGAGUGGGUUGAGAACUUGAACAGUGUUCUGGACGACAACAAGCUUCUUACGCUUCCCAAUGGUGAACGUCUCAACCUGCCUGCCAACGUCCGCAUCAUGUUCGAGGUCGAGACUCUCAAGUACGCCACUCUUGCCACUGUCUCUCGUUGCGGUAUGGUUUGGUUCAGCGAGGAUACCGUGUCGCCCGUCAUGAUGCUCGACCAUUACCUCGAGACAUUGCGCUCCAAGCCUUUCGAGGACCUCGACGAAGACAGUGUCGGCGCCGGGCAAAGCCCCGCAAAGGCUCUGGCUGUCCAAGAACAGGUUGCCGAUCUACUCAAGGCUUACCUCGGCGGGGAGGACUUCCUCGUCCAGGCGCUCAAGGAAGCCGAGAGUUUCAACCACAUUAUGGACUUCACUGUUGCUCGUGUUCUGAACACGCUGUUCUCUCUGUUGAACAAGGCUGUUCGUGACAUGAUUGAGUACAACGCGCAACACUCCGACUUCCCCUUGGACCCCGAGCAGGUCGAGGCCUUCAUCGCCAAGAAGCUUCUUCUUGCCCUCGUCUGGGCUCUGACUGGUGACUGCCCUCUUAACGACAGGAAGUCAUUUGGAGAUGUUGUCGGUGGUCUCGCCAACUUCGGCAACCCUCCUCUGGAUGGCUCCAGCUCGCUCAUCGACUUCGACGUCACCCUGCCUCAAGCGGAAUGGUCCCCUUGGCAGAACCAAGUGCCGACUAUUGAGGUCAACACCCACUCCAUCACCCAGACUGACGUCGUCAUUCCCACGCUCGACACAGUUCGUCACGAGGAUGUCCUCUACUCUUGGCUGGCUGAGCACAAGCCGUUACUGCUUUGCGGUCCUCCCGGUUCGGGUAAGACUAUGACGCUGUUCAGCGCUCUUCGCAAGCUUCCCAACAUGGAGGUUGUCGGCCUCAACUUCUCCAGCGCCACCACCCCCGAUCUCUUGAUCAAGACCUUCGAGCAAUACUGCGAGUACAAGAAGACCUUGAACGGAGUUAUGCUCUCGCCCACUCAAAUUGGCAGAUGGCUCGUCAUCUUCUGCGAUGAAAUCAACUUGCCCGCUGCCGACAAGUACGGAACUCAGAGGGCCAUCUCCUUCCUCCGCCAGCUCGUUGAGCACAACGGCUUUUGGAGGACAUCGGACAAGUCCUGGGUCACGCUUGACCGCAUCCAGUUCGUCGGUGCCUGUAACCCUCCCACCGACGCCGGUCGUACUCCCCUUGGCGCCAGAUUCCUCCGCCACGCCCCUCUUAUCAUGGUCGACUAUCCCGGAGAGCUUUCACUGCUUCAAAUCUACGGCACUUUCAAUUCUGCCGUCCUCAAGAUCAUCCCGGCGCUUCGCGGCUACUCUGAGCCACUCACGCAAGCCAUGGUCAAAUUCUACCUGGAAUCUCAGAAACGCUUUACACCAAAGAUCCAACCUCACUACGUGUACAGUCCUCGUGAGUUGACAAGAUGGGUCAGAGGUAUUUACGAGGCAAUUCGGCCUUUGGAGACACUGUCCAUCGAAGGUCUCGUCCGCAUCUGGGCACACGAGGCUCUUCGCCUGUUCCAGGAUCGUCUCGUUGCCGAGGACGAGCGCCAGUGGACCGACGACGCUGUGCGACGUAUCGCUCUUGAUCUGUUCCCUACCGUUGACGACCAGAAGGCUCUUGGUGGGCCCAUCCUCUUCUCCAACUGGCUCUCGAAGAACUACGUCCCUGUUGACCGAGAGCAACUUCGUGACUUUGUCAAGGCCAGACUCAAGACCUUCUGCGAAGAAGAGGUUGACGUGCCUCUUAUCCUGUUCAACGACGUUUUGGAGCACGUCCUCCGCAUCGAUCGUGUCUUCAGACAGCCCCAGGGUCAUCUUAUCCUCAUCGGUGUCAGUGGAAGUGGAAAGACUACUCUUUCUCGUUUCGUGGCUUGGAUGAAUGGUCUGAAGGUCUUCCAGAUCAAGGUGCAUGGCAAGUACUCUGGUGAGGACUUCGACGACGACCUCCGUGAUGUUCUCCGACGUUGCGGUUGCAAGGGCGAAAAGAUUUGCUUCAUCAUGGACGAAGCCAACGUUCUUGACUCCGGUUUCCUUGAGAGAAUGAACACCUUGCUUGCCAACGCCGAGGUUCCUGGUCUCUUUGAGGGCGACGAGUUCGCUGCCCUAAUGACAGCUUGCAAGGAGGGCGCUCAGCGACAGAACCUGCACCUUGACUCGCCCGAAGAACUCUACAAGUGGUUCACUCAACAGAUUGUCAAGAACUUGCACGUUGUGUUCACCAUGAACCCGCCAGAGGGUGGCCUCGGCUCCAAGGCCGCAACCAGUCCUGCCUUGUUCAACCGUUGUGUGCUCAACUGGUUCGGUGACUGGUCAGACCAGGCCCUCUUCCAGGUCGGCCAUGAGCUCACCACCUCCAUGGAUCUGGACCGUCCCAACUUCCAGGCGCCGGACACCAUUCCGGUGGCCUACCGCGCCCUUCAGCUGCCUCCUACGCACCGCGAGACCAUUGUCAACUCCAUGGUCUACAUCCAUUACUCCCUCCAACGCUUCAACGCCAAGUUACUCAAGCAGCAAGGCAAGGUCACUUUCCUCACGCCCAGACAUUUCCUGGACUUCGUCGCCCAGUACGUCAAGCUGUACAAUGAGAAGCGUGAGGACUUGGAAGAGCAGCAGCGCCAUCUCAACGUCGGUCUCGAGAAGCUCAGAGACACUGUCGACAAGGUUCGCGACCUCAGGGUCAGCCUUGCCGAGAAGAAGACUCAACUCGAGAAGAAGGACGCUGAGGCGAACGAGAAGCUGCAGCGCAUGGUUGCCGAUCAGAGAGAGGCCGAGCAGAGGAAGAACACUUCCUUGGAGAUUCAGGUCGCUUUGGAGAAGCAAGAGGCCGAGGUUGCAACGCGCAAGAAGGUCGUCUUGGACGAUCUCGCAAGAGCCGAACCCGCUGUCGAGGAGGCAAGAGCUAGUGUUAGCAACAUCAAGCGUCAGCACCUUACCGAAGUUCGAUCCAUGGGCAACCCUCCUCAGGGUGUCAGACUCGCACUGGAGUCUGUCUGUGCCCUGCUUGGUCACAAGGUCAACGACUGGAAAAUGAUUCAGGGUGUUAUCCGUCGCGACGAUUUCAUUGCCAGCAUCGUCAACUUUGACAACGAGAAGAACAUGACGAAGCCUCUUCGUCUCAAGAUGCGCAAGGAUUUCUUGUCCAACCCCGAGUUCACUUUCGACAAAGUCAACCGUGCCUCCAAGGCCUGCGGUCCCCUCGUGCAGUGGGUUGAAGCACAGGUUUCGUACUCCGACAUUUUGGACCGUGUCGGCCCUCUCAGAGAAGAGGUCGAUCAGCUUGAGGAGCAGGCUCUGCAAACCAAGGCAGAGGCCAAGGCUGUUGAGAACACCAUCAACACCCUCGAGUCCAGUAUCGCCCAGUAUAAGACGGAGUACGCCGCACUCAUUAGCGAGACGCAGGCCAUCAAGUCGGAGAUGUCCAAGGUUCAGUUCAAGGUCGACAGAAGUGUCAAGUUGCUCGACAGUCUGUCUUCGGAAAGAGUUCGUUGGGAGGAGGGAAGCAAGUCUUUCGAGACUCAAAUCAGCACCCUCGUUGGCGAUGUCCUUGUUGCCGCCGCCUUCUUGGCUUACAGCGGUCUCUACGACCAGACUUUCCGCAAGUCGAUGAUGGAUGACUGGCUUCACCAGCUUCAACUCUCAGGCGUUCAGUUCAAGCCGCACAAUCCGGUCACUGAGUACCUAUCGACCGCUGAUGAGCGCUUGACCUGGCAGGAGAACAGCUUGCCUGUGGACGAUUUGUGUACGGAGAAUGCCAUCAUUCUUAAGAGGUUCAACCGUUACCCUCUCAUCAUCGAUCCUUCUGGCCGAGUCACCGAGUUCCUGCAGAAGGAGAGCAAGGACCGCCGCCUCACUGUCACCAGUUUCCUGGAUGAUUCCUUCACCAAGCAACUGGAGAGUUCGCUGCGUUUCGGCAACCCAAUUCUCAUUCAAGAUGCUGAAUACCUGGAUCCCAUCCUCAACCAGGUCUUGAACAAGGAGUACCAAAAGACUGGCGGGCGUGUUCUUAUCCAGCUUGGCAAGCAGCAAAUUGAUUUCUCGCCUUCGUUCAAGAUCUACCUGUCGACUCGCGACCCCUCCGCCACCUUCCCUCCUGACAUUUGCUCUCGUACCACCUUCGUCAACUUUACCGUCACGCAGAGCUCUCUCCAGACCCAGUCACUUAACGAUGUGCUCAAGUCGGAGAGACCUGAUGUCGAUGAGCGCCGAUCUAACCUCAUCAAACUGCAGGGUGAGUUCAAGAUUCAUCUCAGGCAGUUGGAGAAGCGUCUUCUGCAAGCCCUCAACGAGUCUCGCGGCAACAUUCUCGACGACGACAACGUCAUUGAGACCUUGGAGACUCUGAAGACAGAAGCAGCAGAGAUUUCCGACAAGAUGAGCAAUACCGAGGGUGUCAUGGCCGAGGUUGAGGAAAUCACUCAGCAGUACGGCAUCAUUGCCAGGUCCUGCAGUACUGUGUUCGCCGUGCUGGAGCAGCUGCACUACCUCAACCACUUUUACCAGUUCUCGCUCCAGUACUUCCUCGACAUUUUCCACUCCGUUCUUCAUGGUAACAAGAACCUCGCCAACGAGACCAACCACAACAUUCGGCGAGACAUCAUCGUCAAGGAUCUUUUCGUCACCACGUUCAAGCGGACUGCGCUCGGCCUGCUUCAGAAGGACCGAAUCACGCUGGCCAUGCUGCUUGCCCAGGCGUCGCCUUACAAGAUGGACAAGACCUUAAUUGACGUCAUCCUUGAUGAUCGCGUGGAGGGCAAGGAUCUCUCAACCGACAAGGAGGCGAGAGAGGAAGCUUGUGCCCGAGCUGGCCGCAUGAGCGUGCUCAAGGAUAAGCUAGAGCACAUCACAAACGAGCAGUGGGAGAAGUUCUUUUCUGAGGAACUGGCCGAGAACUUCGUACCCAAGAUCUGGGACGACAAUGUCGAGCCUUUCGAUCAGGCCUUGCAGUCUCUGCUUCUUGUCAAGCUCUUCCGCCUCGACAGGUUCGUGCCUGCUGCAGAGCGCUUUGCCGCCCUUGUCUUUGGUGCCGAUAUCUUCGAUAUUGUCGAAGAUCUCAAGGAAACUGUCACCCAGGUGCCUGCAACCCGACCUAUUUCUUUGGUCUCCAGCCCUGGUUUCGACGCCAGUUACAAGGUCGACAACCUCGUUGAGAGGAUGCGAGUCAAGUGCACCAACAUUGCCAUGGGUUCCAACGAAGGUCUGGCAACCGCCGACAAGGCCGUCAACAAUGCCGCACAGCUCGGCAACUGGGUCUUGGUCAAGAACGUCCAUCUUGCACCUACUUGGCUGCAGAGUCUCGAGAAGCGCAUGGAAUCACUCAACCCUCACUCCGACUUCCGUCUCUUCCUUUCCAUGGAGUCGAGUCCCAAGAUUCCCGUCAAUCUGCUUCGCGCGUCGAGAGUUCUCAUGUACGAGCAACCUGCUGGUGUCCGUGCCAACAUGAAGGACUCCAUGUCCUCUCUCUCAACCAGGUCUGCCAAGGCCCCCGUCGAACGCACCAGGCUCUACCUGCUGCUCGCCUUCUUGCACGCAGUUGUUCAGGAGCGUCUUCGUUACGCACCUAAUUUGGGUUGGAAGGGUUUCUGGGAGUUCAAUGACAGUGACUACGAAUGCUCCGCAUUCAUCAUUGACACCUGGAUCGAGAACGCUGCUGGCAACCGCACAAACAUUGCCCCUCAGAGCAUUCCCUGGGAGAUGAUCCGGUACCUCGUCACGGAAACCUACGGUGGCAAGAUUGACAAUGAGGGCGACUUCAAGCAAUUGAACCAGCUCGUCCACUCGUUCCUGACGCCGUCCGCCUACGAUGUUGGACAUAAGCUUGUCGAAAGUGCAGAGGGCCAGGAAACCAGUCUUGAGGUUCCAUCGGGCACGUCUCUGCCGGACUUUAUGGCGUGGAUCCACAAGUUGCCUGAGCGCGAGCCACCUACGUAUCUCGGCCUGCCAGCCAAUGCCGAGAAGCUGCUCCUGGUCGGUCUCGGAAAGAGUCUCAUUGGCAACUUGAGGAAGGUGACGGAGUUGUUGGAGGAGGGUGAGCAGUUGAUGGUUGAAGCUUAG